AUGCCCAAUAUUCCAGUUACUGCUCGAUGGACACAGUAUGGUGUGACUGUUGCUGGAGGUAAUGGAGACGGUGGAGCCCUCAAUCAAUUCAGCGGUCCCGUUGGACUCUUCGUUGAUGAUGAUCAAUCAAUGGUCAUCACAGACUUCUACAACCAUCGUAUCAUGCAAUGGAAGAUGGGAGAUAAGAAUGGGCGAGUAGUCGCUGGUGGUAAUGGCCUAGGAAAUCGAUUGGAUCAAAUGAAUGGUCCGACCGAUGUGUUGAUCGACAAAGAGACGAAUAGUCUCAUUAUUUGUGAGUGGCGAAAUCGUCGAGUCGUACGAUGGUCUCGCCGUAGUGGCACAACUCAAGGGGAAAUCCUCCUCAACAACAUCUCUUGUUGGGGAUUGACCAUGGAUGAUCAGAGAUAUCUCUACAUCUCUGACGCCAUAAAGCAUGAAGUAAGACGUUAUAAACUAGAAGGAGACAAAAAUGUAACUGUCGUGGCUGGAGGCAAUGGCAAAGGUGCUGCUCUCAACCAACUCAACCAUCCGGCCUACCUCUUUGUCGAUCAACAACAGAGUAUCUACGUGUCGGACAAAGACAAUCACCGUGUGAUGAAGUGGAAUCGGGAUGCAAAAGAAGGCAUUGUCGUUGCUGGAGGUCACGGCUAUGGAAAUGCUCUGACACAAUUGUAUUGUCCUCAAGGACUGUUUGUCGAUACGUUGGGGACCCUCUAUGUGGCAGAUCAGAUAAAUUCUCGAGUGAUGUGUUGGCCUAAAGGAGCGAAACAGGGUGCUGUCAUCGUGGGAGGAAAUGGUGGGGGAGAAGGGGCGAAUCAGUUCUACCACCCCACCGGUUUAUCCAACGAUCGUCAUCACAGUCUCUAUGUCGUCGAUAGUAAUGAUGAAUAUGGCGGCAAUCCUCGUGUUCUACAAUUUGCUAUCGAGUAGCAUUGCAAAAAGGAAUAAUUCUUCUUUUCUUUUGUUCUUGUUCUCCAAUAAAUUGCAUUGCAAUCAGGAGUGAACAAACUGAUUACUAAUACUAGUAAUCAUUAGAAAUAUGUAUCAUUUAUUGCGAAUUAUUGAACAUGGAAAUAAAAUUAAAAUAACAGUAGCACAUCCUCAUUCGUUUUCAUUAUAUUCGUCAUAAAAAGGUCAGCCAUUUUAUACAAUUCUAUUGAAUGGUUCACAUGGUGAUAUAAAUAUUGUGGUACGCGAACGAUAUGUGCCCAAACAGUAACCAGCUAUUGUACAAACCGUGAUGUCGAGGCUAUUGAUAUCUUCUAUAUCUCGUCUUAUAUGUUCUCUUCCUCAUAUAAAUGACCGAAGAUCAAACACUUUCGUUUCUGUUCAUUUCCAUCUUUGUCUUUCUCAGUGAACGUUUCUGUUAAUUUCUGUUUCUUUGCUUUCUUUUUCUUUACACUGGUCACUUUCAAGAUGUCCAAUAACACUUCUAUUUUGCCUGAUAACAGUAUGAAACUUGAAGACAAUGAUUUUUUUAAAUUUGCUCAAAUUUUUUCUGAAGAGAAAUUAUUUACUCUUCUAGAAUUUCAAGAUAUCAGUAAUGUACAGAGUCUUCUUUCUUGUGAUGAUCCUUUCGAAAUUAUGCCUUUCGCUUCGGAUAAUUUAGUGCAGCUGAAAAAGAAGAUUUGCAUUAAACUGAAUAACAAUUCAUUUACUGUUUUACCCGAUAUUACAAGUACGAUGAAAAUUAUAAAAGGUGCAUUGCUCAAGAAACAAAAUGAAAUUAAACAAGACGCAUGAAAAAAAUAUUUAAAUGUCAUUUCGACACAUUUGUCUGUUCCUAAUUCAUCAAGUGCUUCUUCUUCAUUGACUACUGGUUUGAAGACUAUACACGAACACAAAGAACAUUUAAUUCAUUUACUAGACAACUGGUGUUCAAAUAUGAACGUAGACCACAAUCAACCAAAUUUUCAACUUAAAGAAGGUUUAAAUUAUGAAAUUGUCAUCAAUCUCAUUCCAAACAAAGCAUUGAUAAAAUGUUAAUGCGAUUCGAACAUAACGCUGGGACAAAACGACAAUAAUUUCAUUGUAAGUCACUUCUUUCUAAACAUUAUAUCAUACUUUCCAAGGCAAACAAAUGAAUAUAUACCUAAGUAUUUAAGGGUGGGGUGGGUGUGGGUGUGGGUGUGGGUGUGGGUGUGGGUGUGGGUGUGGGUGUGGGUGUGGGUGUGGGUGUGGGUGUGGGUGUGGGUGUGGGUGUGGGU